AUGAUAGUAAAGUCAUUCUUCCGUCCGCAUUUUGAUAAUUUGGACUCCGAUGAAGUUGGCGGUCUGACCAAACAUCCAUUCAGCGUAAACAAAGACGAAGACAUCGAUGCUGCUCAAAUGCAUCACGAAUUUUUCUCAGUCUCUGCUCGACGCUGA